CCGGCAGGCUGAAGCGAGGCGCGGUUACCGGAGCCGGCCUACCGUCUCCCGGGCACACCGAGGAAGCGCCGAGCGGCGGCGCGCCCGCCAGCGGCCCCUUUCCCUCGGCCCCGGCCCCUUCCCCUCCCUGGCCGCCGCCUGAGGGGAGAGGCGCCGCCGCCCCUCCGCCAGGCCCCGGAGCUCCGAGCCGCGCUGAGCGGCCCUGCCUUCUCUCCCUGGGCCUCUCUGCUGAACCACGGCGGCCCUGUACAUGAAUUAUGUCUGCCACAAGCGUUGACCCUCAGAGACCGAAAGGACAGGAUAAUAAAGUACAAAAUGGUUCGUUACAUCAGAAGGAUACAGUUCACGACAACGAUUUUGAACCUUACCUUUCUGGGCAGUCAAAUCAGAACAGUAGCUAUCCAUCAAUGACUGAUCCCUAUCUCUCCAGUUACUAUCCACCAUCUAUUGGGUUCCCCUAUUCUCUCAGUGAAGCACCAUGGUCUACAGGAGGAGACCCUCCUAUCCCUUAUCUCACCACCUAUGGACAGCUCAGUAAUGGAGAUCAUCAUUUUAUGCACGAUGCUGUUUUUGGACAGCCUGGGGGUCUGGGAAAUAAUAUCUACCAACACCGGUUUAACUUUUUCCCUGAAAAUCCUGCCUUCUCAGCUUGGGGAACAAGUGGAUCCCAAGGACAGCAGACUCAAAGUUCAGCUUAUGGGAGCAGUUACAGCUACCCACCUAGUUCACUGGGGGGUACCAUCGUGGAUGGACAAACGGGAUUUCAUAACGAUACGUUAAAUAAAGCUCCUGGGAUGAACAGUAUCGAACAGGGAAUGGUGGGACUGAAGAUCGGUGGAGACGUUACAACUUCUGCGGUGAAAACAGUAGGUUCUGUGGUCAACAGUGCUGGGAUGACAGGUGCCCUCUCUGGUAACGGUGGAUCUAAUGUAAACUUGCCAGUAUCUAAACCAACUUCUUGGGCUGCUAUAGCUAGCAAGCCUGCCAAACCACAGCCUAAAAUGAAAACAAAAACCGGACCUGUAAUUGGAGGAGCGUUGCCUCCUCCACCUAUAAAGCAUAAUAUGGACAUAGGUACUUGGGACAAUAAGGGUCCUGUGGCAAAAGUUCCUGCCCCCCAACAGAUACCUUCUCCUCAGUCUGUCCCGCAGCCACAGCAACAAAUUGUUCAGCCUGUUCCAACUCAGCCUCCUCCAUUGACUCAGCCUCAGUAUCAGGCCCCUCAGCAGCCACCCCAAAAUCGCUGGGUAGCUCCUCGCAACAGAAACGCGGCUUUUGGGCAAAGUGGAGGAACUGGUAAUGAGAGCAACUCAGCUGGCAGUGCCCAGCCUAACCCCGUGCCGAGUGGUGAGUCCCAUCCCGUUCUUGAAAAAUUGAAAGCUGCUCACAGCUAUAACCCUAAAGAUUUUGAAUGGAACCUUAAAAAUGGACGCGUGUUCAUAAUAAAGAGCUAUUCUGAGGAUGAUAUUCAUCGUUCCAUUAAGUAUUCUAUUUGGUGUAGUACGGAACAUGGCAACAAACGCCUGGACAGUGCUUUUCGGUCCAUGAAUAGCAAGGGUCCAGUCUACUUGCUGUUCAGUGUCAAUGGCAGUGGACACUUCUGUGGAGUAGCAGAGAUGAAAUCACCCGUGGACUAUGGCACCAGUGCAGGUGUCUGGUCUCAGGACAAGUGGAAGGGGAAAUUUGAUGUCAAGUGGAUCUUUGUGAAGGAUGUGCCCAACAACCAGCUGCGACACAUCAGGCUGGAGAACAAUGACAACAAACCCGUUACAAACUCCCGUGAUACACAGGAGGUGCCCUUAGAAAAAGCAAAACAAGUGCUUAAAAUUAUUGCUACUUACAAGCACACGACCUCCAUCUUUGAUGACUUUUCUCAUUAUGAAAAGCGCCAGGAAGAGGAGGAGGUGGUGCGGAAGGUAAACUUAUUAAAAAAUUUAUUUUAUACAGAGAUAUGGGGAAAAUGAAAUGUGAAGGCUGCUAUGGUGGAAAAAAAAAUGUAAGUAGGAAUUCGAAAUGUUUUUAAUACAUACCAAUUUGAUGGUUUCACGUGUGUUUAGCAACACCAAAAACGAACUGAUGCUUAUUUGUCUGUGACAAUUUCUUAGCUAAUGGGUUUCAAAGGAGAAAGUUAAGCAAUAAUACAGGUAAAGGACAUUUUGUCCAGUUUUUUUUGAGUUUGAUUUAUUUUUUUAUGUUAAAAUCAUUAAUAACUAGAAAAUAGUUUGCUUCAGAGUUGGAUUCUGCCAAUGAUUGCCACCUAAGUUUUUUGCCUUAUAAAUAUGAGGUGCUUUACCAACUGUUUGACUGGAACUGAGCUAUCAAAAUUGAUACCUGUGUUGGCACUUGAAAGUUGUGCAUCCCCUUUAAGAUUGAGAAGCUGGUCUCAUUUAUUCAGUUGAUCUCUCUGGAAAAGAAAAAGUUGCAUAAAGUUGCUGAAAUAGUGCUAGAAAGAUUGCGUUUCUCAAGUCACGUGUAUUUUUAUUUGGGUAAAUAAAGGUUUGCAGUUCCCAGGUCCAGUCUGUCUACUACUAAUUCUUGAAGUUCUGAGUGAAGGUGUGGUAAGAGAAAUUUGGGCAAUAACUGGGAAAGUGCAGUAAAAACUUACAUACACUUUUGUGGCUCUAAGUCUGCUACAAGAGACAUCUGUCCAUGUCCAUCCCAUGACCUCAGUUUCAAGAAUAUCUUUCUCUAAUUAGGCAGUCUAGAAGUAAUGAACUGACAAAAUAAUAGAUGUAAGGAUGUGUCUUUACUAACUACUACUUAAAGUUGCUUGAUAUUGAUAGUGUUUCAUGGACUUUUUUGUAAAACAGUUCAAAUAAAGCAUUUAUUCGAUAGGCAGCUCACACUUGCUUCAAAAAACAUUUUGAAACAAAGACUUAAUGCGUGUUCUUGGAGCUUAAAUUGAAGUUGGCAUUUUAAAGGUUUUAUUGCCAUUUAAAAGUACAGAUAAAAUUGCUUUAAAGUGUCUUCGUGGAGUAUACCCUUAAAUUAUGAGAGAGAAGGGCAUCAGCGUCUUAAGAACUUGUUGGCUUGACUUUUCCUGGCCAUCAGAGAGGAUGUGCAGAGCGUACCUCAGCACAGCAGGGGAGGGAAGCUUAAGAUUUGAAGUGUUUCUUGUGUACUACCCUGAGCUAAAACAUAAAAGCCUUUACUGUAACACUGCAUUCCUUCAGCAGACAACUAAUGCAACAUUCAGUGCAACCUGUAUGGUGAAGAGAGGUGACCCUUACGUAGGAGAGAGUCUUGAAUAAGCCUCGUACAGUGUCGGGGGUAAUUGUUUGGGGGUUUUUAAUGCUGAGUCUCCCUGUGAUUUGCUGCUGAGUCUGGAGGGGAGAAUAACGUGUGUACUUGAAGAGUGGGAGUACUGGGAAAGUGGUAGGAGAGCUGCUCUUGCACAGUGGACUUACUGGUCUGCAGAAGACCCAGAUGGCUGCGUUCUGAUUGCCAACCUGCCUUUGCUUUGGAGCAGCUCAGGGAAUGGUGUUCACCUGUUGGGCUGAUCCUGUGUUGGGUUAUUUUAACAUAUAUGACUACUUCCCGCUUUCAGUUCAAGUGCUGAUACAAUAUUCUUACCCAGGUCACUGCUUUAUAACAGGAUCCAUUUUUCAAAAUAAUACUGUUUUUCUGGCUCAUUUAAAACUGAGGCUCUAGCUUGUGUGACACAUUCAGAAAAUAAACUCUGAAGUCUAAUUUAACAUUUCUUAGGUUCCUCUGAGUAGCUUAGAAAAUGACAGUUGAAGUACACUGAGGGAAGGUAAUAGUGCUCGAGAGGUAAAGCAGAUCAACAGAGAGGGAAUGAAAAAUAAGAUAGUCCUUGUAUCUUGCAUCCUAUCAAACUGUUGUAUGGAAAGUUCAGGUCCAUCUGAUUACUGCAGAGUUUCUUUGCA